AUGGCUAAUGUCAUCGGCUCAGCAUGGCGCUCUUUUUGGCAUACAAUGACCUCCUAUGAUCGCCAUGCGUCGCACGACUCGCCCUACCGAUCAGGCAAACAUGUGCCUCUCAGUCAAAGUCGACAUGAGCCACUCACGUCAAUUGCGACUAGUGCCAUUGAAUCGCGCCCAGAUCUAACCGCUCCUUACGAUGAUGACCAUCCCAAAGGCUCAAAUGGCUGGUCUGGGUCCCCUACGGGUACAGGGUCCCCAAAUCGUCCGUAUUCUCCUGGUAUGCGGUCACUGUCAUCGCAAAAGCGGCAGUCAACCGACCCUGGUGUGGAUGGACCCCCGGAGAUCCAGAUGCAAAGCUUUCACGACGGCGCCCCGCCUCCACCUCCGGUCAGUCACUCGUGGGGAAAAAUUGACAGAUGGCUGGAGCAUAACUACGAAGAGCUUUUCGAUAAUCUGUGUGAGGGCUGUACACAGAAUGACAUCAAUGAGUUGGAGCACGAACUAGAUUGCAGCUUGCCACUCGAAGUGCGGGAAUCGCUGAUGAUGCACGAUGGCCAGGAGCGCCCUGGCUUGCCCACUGGUGUCAUCUUUGGAUGUAUGCUCCUUGACUGUGAGGAGAUCGUUCAGGAAUGGAAGAACUGGAGGACAGUCAAUGAGGAAUUCUUGAGCAGCUCGAUGGUAAACCCCGUUCCCAAAGCAGCCGUCAGUUCAUCCUCCGCCGCACCGCCUACACAAGCUGCAAAUCCUAUGUGGAGACAGGAUCUUCUCGAACGCCAGGACUCACAGCCUUUGAAUGCUGUUCAGAAAGCAUACGCUCAUCCUGCCUGGAUUCCUCUGGCUCGCGACUGGGGAGGCAAUCACAUUGCGAUUGAUCUGGCUCCGGGACCUGCUGGAAAAUGGGGUCAGGUCAUCCUCUUCGGUCGUGAUUAUGACUGCAAGUAUGUGGUCGCUCGGUCUUGGGCCGCCUUCUUAGCUAUGUUUGCCGAUGAUAUCUGCAGCGGCAAAGUUCACGUGGACGAGGAAACCAAUGAGCUCAAGCUUCUUGAAUUUAAGGCUCAGAAUGUUGAACCCCCCUAUCUCGAGAUAUUACGCUGGAGAACCGACCAAAAGUAUGGCCGGAAACCACCUCGCCGCAAGACUCCUAGCGGUCUAGGAUUGAGCACUGGAAGCAAGUCUGGCAAAGAAUCUCCUUAUGGAAGCCCCACCCCGAGUGAAGAACGGGGCAGGUCGCCGCAUCGCUUCUCAAAUCGCGUUUCCACGCAGAGCCCGAAAACCCAGUUCGGCAUCUCAAGUCCUCUGGCUCGCGUCACGGAAGAGGCCCCAAGUCCCGUUCAUAUCACAGCGGAUGCCGAAUAUAUAGAACAUACGCUCAAAGAUGAACAGACAGAGGAUUUGAUGGAAGUGGCUACGCCCCAAAUCUCGGGAGAAGAGAAUGACAGAAUUCUGGAAGCCGAGGCUGAACAUAGACUGUCAGAAACGGGCAAAGUGGCGUCUGACCAGCCCUCCGCUACCGGUUUGGACUCCGAAGUUUUAGGUGAGAUGAAAAAUGUAACUAUCUAG